AUGCCAUUCCUAAUAGUGUGUACGUGUAUAUGCUUCAAUGGUGCAAGUCACAUUGAUGAAAUUGUGAUUCACAAUUUGGCUAAUCAGGCAGUGGAACGAGAAGCUGGUAUGGAUGGCCAGAAGAUCACCUACGCUCUUAUUAAGCAUCGUCUAGGAGAUUUAUUCUACCGUUUAGUGUCUCAAAAGUUUGAGGAUCCUGCUGAAGGAGAGGAAGCCCUGGUUGCGAAAUUCAAGAAACUUCAUGAGGAUUUGACAGGUGGUUUCCGCAACCUCGAUGCAUCGGUACAAAUUCUUGCCAAAUCUCUAUGCCAAGACAAAAAACAGAAUUGGAGAAGGUUUUCUUAA